UUGCAGUGCAUUUUCAGCAGUGUUCCUAUACUUGAUUCCUUGCGAUAAAAUAAUGUUAUAAAAGUGCCACAGAGCCUACACUCUCUGAGAAAUUCUUGUGUUCUUAUUAAAAAUAAUAAUAAUCUAUAGAGCAAGAAUAUCUUACUAUCUGGCAAACUCUUACUAUAAAGGCAAAACAAAAUAGUAUUACUGAUGACAGCUGUGUUGUUCAACCUAAAUGACAAGUCAUGCCUCAUUUUCAGAGCAGUUCUACCAGUUUAACAGAACACUAAGGUUGAGAGGACAUGAGCUUAGAUCACUAGCUGAUACAAAAUUCUUCUAGGAGAAGAGCAAACUUAGCCAUGUUCACACCAUCCACGAGGAACUCAAAUCCACCAGCCAACAGGUUAAAACAUGUAUUGCUACUGGCAUGUUUUCUUUGUACAUUAUCCUGGCUGGCUCUAUGUGUACUGAAUGGUGGGAUUCAAAUGAGACCAUUUCUGCCCCCCAGACCUAAAUCAGUCAUUGAAAUGAAUAAUUCUUCUUUUGCAAUAUCCACACUUGACAUGGGAAUCAGUGAUGAGGAGUGGGAAAGACUACAGAAGGCUCUUGACUGGCCUGGUCCAGAUCAAGAAAUCACUCAGCUGGAUCUGAGCACAAGUCCAGUCCACUCAACAUUCUCUAUUGUGGAACUGAAAAAGAGUUACAAAGUGGGAGAUAACAUCUCUGUUAUUAUCACAGCCAGAGACCACAACAAGAACCUGAAAACAUAUGGAGGAGAUUUUUUCAAAGCAAAGCUUUUCAAUUCAAAGCUAAAAGUCAGGCACAAGUUUUUGUACGUCUUGAGCACUCCAGUGAGGUUGUGCAGAUUCUUAAAAAAUACAGGGAGUCUUCAUUCCCACGAAGCCACUAUAAUGGCCACUUUGAAGGGCCAGGAUCCAAGAACACCCAGAUCAGUGAAGUAG